AUGGUGGAUGAGUACAUUUGCAUCAAUUGUUGUCACCCGUCAUCCAGUCUUUUCCUAAAGUACAGUGAUAAUGGUAUCCGACUCACGCCAUGUUCUAACUGCGGCAGAGCUGUGGACGCAUAUAUCGAAUAUGACAUUGUGCUGGUAAUAAUUGACCUCAUGCUGCAGUAUAUUGAAGCGUAUCGACACUUCCUGAUGAAUACCGGCAACAACCGCUACUGUCACAAGCUGUGCAUUAUUUUUAUGCUAUGCAAUGCCUAUAGCAAAUGGAUAAGAUGGCGGAUAAUGUCUGGUGACGAGAACGCCUAUGAUUUGGAAUGGGAGUUUUACGAAUGUUUGUUGCAAAGUUUGUUGGAAAUGGCAUCAUUUGUGAUUGUGUUGGCACUAAUGUCUCUUCAAAUUUCCGCAACAUUUUCCGUCAACAAAACAUUGCAGACAUUUUGCAUUGGAUCCUAUGGAAACGUGUUUGCUGUCCUGUCGGUUAUAUGGCAUUUACAUUUACUAUGGUCGUACAGAAUACUCACCGAACUGUUUAUAUUCAUAUCUCACGUGCAAGCGCAGCGAGGUGGUUGCUUACUUGUAUUACUUGUAUCACUCUCAACUCUAACAAUUAUCCAUCCAUUCUCAACGAAUGUUAAAAUUCACUCAUUUUCAGCAAUGUACAAUAUAACUCUGACUAGAAGUGUCCUUGUCGUUCUAAUGGCCACUGUCAUUUCACGUUGUGUCGGCCUAUUGAUGGACUUGUUCUGUUUUAUUUAA